AUGACCCCAGAGAAAGUCAGAGUAAGCGUUGGCAUGAACCCCCCUAUACUUCUGGUAGACAACUCACACACAGUUACAUUAAAUGGGGCAGCAGUGGUGCGCGUUGAAGCACCCUCAUCUAUGAAGAACCAUGCCCCCAUUGACCUAGUCACACUUAUCAAUAUUAACCAAAGCAUGAGCUGGCCAGCGGCAUCACAAACAGAGAUGCCAUCAAGGUUGGAUCUGCUGAAAAAUGCCAUGAAGUUCAUAAUAAGGCAGCUUGGUGAUGACGACCGCCUUGCCAUUGUAGCAUUCAACGACAAGGUCAUCAAAGAGAAUACCACUGGCAUUUUAGAAAUAUCUGGCAGUGGUCGGACGGCUAUCGAAAAAAAGGUGGAUGGGCUUGUGGCUAUGGGUGACACUGCUUUUAAACCGAGCUUAGAGCAUGCUGUGAAGCUCCUGGACGACCGAGCAGAUAAGAAGCGUGCAGGCUUCAUCGUUCUUAUUUCGGAUGGUCUAGACGGCCAGUUCAAAUGGGGCGAUGAGAUUAUCGCCCCCACGGAUCCUAUCCGAGGCCUCCUCCGAAAGUACCCAGUCCACACCUUCGGUUUGGGCAAGGCUCACGACCCAAAGGCGCUGCACUAUAUCGCUAACAUAUCCUACGGAAUAUAUUCCUCCAUCACCGACAACCUGGACAACAAGUUCAUCGAGGCACUCGCCCUCUGCUUAGCUGGGUUCAAGACCGUAGUAGCCGUCGACGCUUGCGUUGACAUCUCGUCAAACAGUUUGAUGAUAACAAGGAUCGACCCUGGGGGUUACAUACUCCGGGGGAGUUCCGGAGGCAUCCUGGUUGGCACGCUCUAUGCUGGGGAGGUGAAAGACUUCAUUGUCUACUUUUCUUAUCGUACCGGGAGUUGGUCGGGGGGUUACUAUACAACUUUGAAUGGGAUUAAUGCUAGGGCCACGUACAAGGAAGCGCCGGGCAGGCAGUCGAUCACCACUGACACUUGCUCGGUGUCGCUCCCAAUUCACGUGGCCAACAGCUCAUAUCCUCCUGCAAACCCCUGCCCACCCUACCCCAUGGUCCUGCAGCAGAUGGUCCGGUUCAAGGUGCUAGAUUUGCUUAUGAGCGUUCUGAAAGAAUUCCUGGUCCUGAAGGAGGAGGCUGCUAGUGCCGUCCACGGGAAGGAAGGAGGAGAUGACCCGGUCUUGCAGGCCAUCGCAGCGAGCUUGCUGCAGAGGAAGUGGAAGGAGUUCAAGCAGUCCGAUGAGUCUUGGAAAGAAGCCCCGAGGAACCUCCUUAACCUGGGAGGCAUCGACCAGGACAUCAGCGCCAUGGUGGGUAUCCUGAAGCAGGGCUUGGGUGUUGGAUGCAUCCACUCAUGGGUGUCGAGCUAUCAGAUGCAGCGCGCGACAACUACAGGCUUGCCAGGGGCUCACAUGGUUGCAACCGGCCAAUUCCGCACGCCAGCGAUGGACGCAAUGGUGCAGGAGGCCCAUAGGCAGCUGGCCAAGGAAGCAUCUGCCCAAGAUGCGGGGACGUCAAUUGUCUGCAAGCGCGCCGUCGAGCUUCUGGAUGGGGUCAACAAGCGAUUCGAUCUCUGGUGCAAGCUGGACCACGACUUGCCGCGAACGAACCAACCGUCAUCACACCAGGAAGAAGGCCAUGAGUCCCCCGACCUCACCGCCGUCCUACGGGGGGACAUCAACCGAGCGAGGCAGCAUGACAUAUACCUGGCUGCCGAUCACGCGAUCAAGCAAUGGCGCAGCUUCCUCACAUCCGUGGAGAAGACGCAUGGCCAUGGGCCGGACAAGUAG